AUGCCCCGUCGGCCACGAGCAGCCGGCGACCUUUGUGCCAUUUUCAUCCACGCUGGCGCCGGGUUUCACAGUCUACAAAAUGAGAAAAGUCAUCUGCUUGCAGUCAACGAUGCCGCCAGGGUCGCCAUGGCCGUAUUGAAGAACGGAGGUGAUGCUAUUGAGGCUGUGGAGAUGGCCAUCCGGCUGCUGGAAGACAAGGAGAUCACCAAUGCCGGCUAUGGGAGCAACUUGACCAUAGACGGGCAGGUCGAAUGUGAUGCCACCCUGGUCGAUCACCUUGGCCGGAGUGGCGCAGUUGGGGCGAUCUCUCUAGUCAAAAACCCGAUUGCCGUCGCUCGCCUUGUUCUUGACGACACCACGAAACCUAUGUCACUUCACCGUGUACCUCCAAACCUCCUGGUCGGUCCUGGUGCCACCGACUACGCCGCCGAUAAGGGCGUCCCAAUUCUCCCUGCGGACUUCUUGGUCUCGGCCACUGCGCGUGCUAGAUGGAGCAGAUGGCGCGACGAACUUGAAGACACCAAUCGGCGGCAAGGUCAGAGCCAGUCUUUUUCGUCGACAACGCCACAGGAUGACUGGGGCCGUACUCCAACGCCGGCCGCUCCUCCCCUUAGUCCUAAUGUAUCCCCCUUAGCUCCCGGAAGACACGUCAGUCUCUCAGAGAUGCGUCCCAUGGUGCGUCCGUUGAUGGCCUCAACAGCUGAUGUGCCUACACUGUCACACCCAGGCGGAGGCAGGGACCCGGGAUAUCCUUCUUCUGUCUUCCCCUCUCGAUCAGCAACUCAGCACAAUCCACUAAACGGAAAUGCAUCCCAGAAUCAUGUCGAGGCUGCCUCUGACGAUAGUGUUCAAUGGCUAGCGUCAGCCCCCAAACGUCAGAAAAUCAAUGAUUCCUUCGACGGCCCGGCUGAAGAGGAUCCCCAUUUUGUUGUUCACCCUGACGACAAGCGAAAGGAUGACAUACAGGACACAGUCGGCGCCAUUGCCAUUGACUGCUUCGGGCGCAUCGCUGCGGGCUCAUCCUCCGGUGGAAUCGGCAUGAAACACAAGGGCCGAUGUGGUCCAGCUGCUCUUGUCGGCGUCGGCUCUGCCGUAAUUCCAAUUGACCCACAGGAUCCUACUCAAACUUGUGUAGCUACAGUCACCAGUGGGACGGGAGAACAUAUGGCUACAACGACUGCUGCAGCCACGGCUGCCGAUCGGAUCUACAGCUCGGUGCGCAAGGAACGUGGACAGCUCGAGUCGUGCAACGAAGACGAGGCGAUGCUAUCGGUCAUCAAGAACGACUUCAUGGGCCAUCCCGGUGUGAGCAGCAGCCCUUGUGCUGGCGCCAUCGGGAUCCUGGCCGUCAAGAAAAGUUGUGACGGGAUCUACUUUUAUUUCGGCCACAAUACGGACUCGUUUGCCCUUGCUUCGAUGCAUUCAGAAGAAAAAAAGCCGGUAUGCACCAUGUCACGCAGCCGUGGCCGCGGGUCGAUCGCUCAAGGAGGCAGAGUCUCCCGAGCAAAAGGCGCGCGGCGCGCUGACCCCCUGGAGAGGCAAUCAUAG